AUGGAUUCGACACUGAGAGAGACGGUCUUGCGAAGUCAGCAUGUUGUUCAGAUUGUGCUCAGCUUGUAUGGUGCGGCGGCUUCAUUUGUCGCCAUCACAAACCUUCAGAAGUACGAGGCAGCAGCAAAGAAGUUGGCAGAAUGGUCGAAACAGGCAGAGACAGAGUUGAGCAAGACGAGAUUCACUCAAGGAUCAGGAGCAGUCGCGAUCAUUGCGUCUUUGGUCGCUUCGUCAGUUCUAACCAUAUCCCCUUAUGGAAUCCACAGGUGGGUGCGAAUAGCAAUCUCUCCUGCCAUGUUGAUCGGCGUGCUGGGUGCCCGUACGUACCUCAAGAGUUACUGGGCUCCCAAAGACGGCAAGAACAGCACUCGAGUGCCGCUGCCGAAGAUGGGAGACUACAAUGAAGCUGAGCGGAGGACCGAGAACCUGCUGCAGAUCCUGGAGUAUUUGGAGUACAGUUGGGGCUUGACGAGUCUGGUCCAUGGGAUGAUUGGCCGGUGA